CGUUGGCUCACCUGAAUAUUAAACAUCAAUACACACAAAGAGAUAUAAAAUCAGUAAUUAACCGAAAUUAAUACUGAAGAAUUAAUUGAUAUCAUCUGAAAUAUUCCUGAAACAGAAAUAAUAAAUAUAUUUGUGCCAUAAAUAGUAGUUGUAUGCUAACAAGCAGAUAGAUCCUGUCAUUAUUGUUGAAAAACUGGGUUUUAUUUUUGUCUAAUUGUUAGACAGCACAAGCGAAAAGAAAUUAUAUUCUUGAAGAUCAAGCUAGGUUUUAUAAAAAUUUAUUAUAAUAUCAUCACUUAUAAUUUUCAAGGAGGAAAAGUGGUAAAAGGAGAACAUAAACAACUGAAUUAUCCAAGACCAUAUUUAUCAUGGAAGAUCAGUUAGAAGCAGAUAAAAAGUGUGUGUGUGAUGUAUGUGGUAAGGCAUAUUCUCAGAAAAGCCAUUUAAGGGAACAUAAGAGAUCUCACACAAAUGAAAAACCUUUUGAGUGUAAUAUGUGUGAUAAAAAAUUUUCAAAUAAGCGUCGUUUUGAUUUACAUUACCGUACCCAUACAAAUGAAAAGCCUUUCAUAUGUGAUGUGUGUAAUAAGUCGUUUAUUGAUAAGAGCCAUUUAAAUGUUCAUUAUCGUUCUCAUACAAAAGAAAGGCCAUUUUCCUGUGAGCAGUGUGGUAAGGCAUUUUCAUUUAAAACUCAUUUAAAGGGACAUUAUCUUACUCAUUCAAAUGAGAAACCGUUUUCAUGUGAUGUAUGUCAAAAGACUUUUGCUCGGAAAAGUAAUCUAACUGAGCAUUAUCUUGUUCAUACUAAUGAAAAACCUCAUAAUUGUUGUAUUUGUGGUAAAGCCUUCUCUCGAAAAAAUAAUUUAAAUGAACAUUAUCGUACUCAUACAAAUGAGAAACCAUACUUUUGUGAUGUAUGUGGUAAAGCAUUUUCCCAUAAAACUCAUUUAAAUGAACAUCGGCAGCUUCAUACGAAUGAGAAACCUUAUUUUUGUGAUGUUUGUGGCAAAAGUUUUCCUCUGAAGAGCUACUUUAAUAGACAUUAUCGUACUCACAAAAAGGAAAAACCUUAUGUUUGUGAAUUCUGUGGUAAAGGUUUUUUCCAAAAUAGCAAUUUAAAAAGACACAUGCUUACUCAUAAGGAUCUAAAAGAUCAAAUUCUUUUAGAUGAAAAACCAUUUAUGUGUGAUAUUUGUGGUAAAAGUUUUCCUCUUAAGAUUAUUUUCAGCAGACAUUACCGUGCUCACAAAACUGGAAAACCAUGGAAAUGCGAAUUAUGUGGUAAAGGAUUUUGCCAGAGCAAUAAUCUGAAAAGACAUCUUCUUAUUCAUGAAAGACAAAAAUCUUCAACAUGUGACUCAUGAAGCUACUAAUGUUCUGAUGAAGUUAAUUAAUGUUUCAUUAUAUAUUUUUUAUAUGUAAUAUACCAAUACAUCGUAGGAGAACAUUUUCAAUUGUCACAAUAAUAAGAGAACUUUCCACAAUUAAUAUUUUUAAUGCAGAAUCAGUGGCUGCGGCUUUACAUAAAUGGAUGAAGGCUUGGUAUUCCAUCUGUAAAUAAAACUUUAGAACUUUUGCAACCAUCAUAGAAAUAUCUUAGUGCUUUCCCAAAUAAUCAGUUUAUAGUUUACAAUAUUGUUCAAGAGGUCAGAUAUUUUUCAUAAAUUAAAAUAAAGUUUCACUAUAAUAAUUGUUUAUAACAUAUUAUAUAUGAUAAAAAGCAAUACUUUCAAUGAUUAUAUUAACAUUUAAUCUUAGAUUAGAUAAGUGGACUCAUAUAAUGAGCUU